AUGUCUUUCUUCGGUACUACUCCGUCGACCUCCACUGCUCCUCCUCCUCCCGAGAAAGAUAUCGAGGUUACUGACCCUCCGGGCGACUCUAUUUCAUCCUUGGCUUUCUCUCCUGUGGCGGAUUAUCUUGCUGUUGGGAGUUGGGAUAAUAACGUACGGAUCUAUGAAGUGGGACAGAAUGGCCAGACGCAGGGGAAGGCCAUGUAUGGACACCAGGGUCCUGUAUUGAGCGUGUGCUGGAACAAGGAUGGGACGAAGAUUCUCUCAGGCGGAGCUGACAAUGCCGCUAGAAUGUUUGAUGUGACCACUGGUCAAUCUCAGCAAGUUGCACAACACGAGGGGCCGAUCAAGUGCGUGAAGUGGGUUGAUACGUCGUUACCCGUGCUAGUCACAGGCAGCUGGGACAAAACAUUGAAGUACUGGGACUUGCGCACCCCUAAUCCCGUGGCGACGGUUCAAUUACCCGAGCGCUGCUAUACUCUAGAUGUUGUUUACCCUCUCAUGGUCGUUGGCACGGCGGAACGCCACAUCCAGAUAUUUAACCUCUCCAACCCUAACACCGUAUUCAAAACCAUUACGUCGCCGCUCAAGUGGCAAACGCGUGUGGUCUCGUGUUUCCCGCAAGCGAACGGUUUUGCCGUCGGCAGCGUGGAAGGACGUGUCGCCAUCCAAUAUGUCGACGAUAAAGAUUCAUCGAACAACUUUUCAUUCAAGUGUCAUCGUCGUGAUCAGUCGGCAACCCAAAAGGAUCAGUCUCUUGUAUAUGCUGUGAACGACAUCUCGUUCCACCCAAUACACGGAACCUUUUCUACCUGUGGUUCUGACGGAACCAUUAACUACUGGGACAAGGACGCACGUACGCGGCUCAAAUCAUUUGACCCCGCUCCAGGCCCGAUUCCAACCACGGGCUUCAACCGUACGGGUACAAUAUUCGCAUACGCGGUGUCGUACGACUGGUCAAAGGGCCACUCAGGCAUGACUACGGGACAGCCUAACAAAUUGAUGCUACACGCAUGCAAGGACGACGAGGUGAAGAGGAAGCCGACCAAGCCACGGUAG